GAGGUUGGGAAUCAAAUCAAUUAUCUCCACCCCUUGUCUAUCUGAAAACUAUAUAAUCAGAAUCAAAGUGGGAAGGAGGUAUCCAAGAGAUCUCUACCAGGGAAGAAACAACUGGAACCCUUCUCCACCCUUGGCAGGAACAUCUGAUUGGGAGAGAUGGUGAUGUUUCUAAAAGGCAUGGGCCCUCUUUUGCUGUUCUUCAUCCUGGGACUUUGGCUGGUUUCACCUUCUUUGACACAAGAAAAUGACAGGGAGAGACACUUCCUGACUCAGCACUAUGAUUCCAAACCAAAGGGCCGGGAUGACAAGUACUGUGAAAAGAUCAUGAGACAGAGAGAUUUGACCCAUCCCUGCAAGGACAAGAAUACCUUCAUCCAUGGUGAUUACCGCAGCAUCAAGGCUGUCUGUGGAGAUAAAGCUGGAAAUCCCUAUGAAGAAGGGAGGUUUAGGAUAAGCAAGUCACCAUUCCAGGUCACCACCUGUGAACAUCGAGGAGGGUCCACAAGACCUCCUUGCAAGUACAGGGCUACUUCUGACUUUAGAUAUAUUGUUAUUGCCUGUGAACGUGGCUUACCUGUUCACCUUGACCACACUAUCACUGCAAAUUAAUUUACAUAAAGUUUGGCAACCUAAGACAUGGGUGCCCCAAGUGGUAUUUAGGUUGAUACCAGUGCUGCAUUAUGAUCACAUCCCUGAUGCCAGCUUCCCUGCCCUUUUCUAAUUGACAAGUAGUUGUAUUUUUAAAAAAUAUGCUACUCUUUUCAUACCUCCAGCAUCCUAGAUUUGGGAUGUUGGUAAGUUCCUUUGGCAGUGUUGCCAUUACACCUAAAUUGAAGCCCACCAUUAAUCCCCUUUAUAUUCUUGUCUUUGCCUCUGCCCUACACCCUGAAAUGGCUUGAAACUGCUUAAGGCAUAAUUCUGGGUAUUGCCCAAGGCUAGUCCCCUGACCCCCACUUCCUCAUGAUUCAUCAUUCUGUAUAUUCUCUCUAUAUCAGCAUUAUGGGCAAGGAUCAGUUGCUAGGGGAAGGCAUGGGUUUAUUUUGGGGAGGAGCCCCCCGGUUGCUAGGUGGCCCCACACCUUGGGUUAUGGUGCAGCUACUCUACUGACCAAGCUAGAUCCCUCUACCCAGACCAUAGCUGAUCAAGUAGAGGUUACUUUCUGGGAAAUUCCACCCUGAACCCUCCACCCAGUUAUAGGAAACCGAUUACAAUCUAAGACGGCCACCCAUUCUAGGAAACUGACUACCCUGUGUCACAGGAUGGUCGCACCCCUGAAUCUCGCCAUAUUUCCAAAAUAGCUCUGAGCUGCUUCUACUUCUGCUAGCGACCCUCCCUAAUUGUGUAAUUGUGGUUUUUGCCUUUAUGAACAUUGUAGUCCCUCAGUUUGGGGCUACCUGAUUUGAGUAUACUUUGGGUAUGCAUUCCAGGUAGUCGUGCGCUUGGCCAAUAAAUCCACACCUAAAUUUACCAUGGACCCAGGUCUCAUCUCACUGUUAUUUUCUACACAACACUGCAAACCCUUGGUCUAUAUGCUUAGUAAGACUGUUGAUUUUUGCUAGUUCUGCUUUCAUUGUAAGCAACUGGAACUCCAUACUUCUUCCUUAAUGUUAUGUCCUUAAUAUGCAGGAGUGUUUAUAACUCUCAUUCUGAGUCUCUUAAAGUUGAAUUGAUCAGUUUCUCCUGUUUUCAGCCUUUGGGCACUUUGAAUAAAUAAAAUAUCUCUGAAAUUAGUAA